AUGGGCCGCAAGAACCGAAACGUAAAUAAGUUUGCACAAAGAAAGCGAGAAAAAAGAGAGCAGGAGAAGAAUCCACAAGCGAAGCCCGCAGAAGAUACACGUAAACCGUAUGAAGAUAUUGUUAGAGAAAAUGCCAGUUUUGAAGAAUAUUAUAAGGCACAGAAAGUAUGCCCGGAUGAGGAGUGGAGUCAAUUUAUGAGUGCUCUUAAAGAAAAUUUACCAACAGCUUUUAGAAUAACUGGUUCUAAAUGUGAGGCCAAUGCACUUAUGAAGAUUGUAAAAAGUGAAUAUUUUUCUGAUAUUCUUAAUAUGAAACUUAAAGUGGAAGGUCACGAGGAAGAGGAAAUUAAACCUGUUAACUUGCCAUGGUACCCUGGAGGUCUUGCAUGGCAGUUAAGAGUAUCACGAACUGACAUCCGUAGGAGUGAAGCAUUAUACAAGUUACACAAUUUUUUAGUCGCGGAGACAGCUGCUGGUGGCGUGUCAAGACAGGAAACAGUGUCAAUGAUACCACCAGUUGUGUUACAAGUUCAACCUCAUCAUAAAGUAUUGGAUAUGUGUGCUGCCCCAGGAUCAAAAACAGCACAAUUAAUUGAGUUUCUUCAUGCUGAUGAAGACAAAAUGCCCACUGGUUUUGUAAUAGCAAAUGAUGUGGACAAUAGUAGAUGUUACAUGUUGGUGCACCAGGCGAAGAGACUAAAUUCACCAGCUAUACUCAUCACCAAUCAUGAUUCUGCUGUCAUGCCAGCACUUACUAUCAGUGAUCCAAAGAAUCCUGAAUCAACAAAACCAUUGAAAUAUGACAGAAUAUUGUGUGACGUGCCCUGUUCUGGAGACGCUACUUUGAGGAAAAAUCCUGAUAUAUGGCUGAAAUGGUCGACUGGCAAUGGAAAUAAUUUACAUGGGAUUCAAUAUAGAGUACUGCGUCGUGGUUGUGAAUUGCUUGAGAUCGGUGGUCGCCUGGUGUACUCGACCUGUUCGUUCAAUCCAAUUGAGAAUGAGGCUGUGGUGCACCGGUUAUUGCAAGAGACCGGUGAUUCGGUGAAGUUGGUGGAUGUAACUGGGGAAUUGCCUGGAUUGAAAUAUAAAAAAGGUAUGACCUAUUGGAGACCAGCCUCCAAAGACAUGGUCUUCUACGAGAAGUAUGAAGAAGUACCGGAGAAAUGGCAGACUGUGGUCAGACCACAAAUGUUUCCACCGUCUCCCGAAUCUGCUGAUAAAUUUAACUUAGACAGAUGUAUUAGAAUUCUCCCACACCAACAAGACACCGGUGGAUUUUUCGUUGCUGUAGUUGAAAAGGUGGCCCCACUACCUUGGGAAAAGGACGAAAAAGACCAGAAAGAACAAACUGAUAACGAAAAGACAAUUUCAAAGCCUGAACCGCCCAAAAAGAGGAGAAGAAUGGGGGGUUACAGAGAAGAUCCCUUUGUCUUCUUUUCAGGAGAUCAAGAAGAUGUCUUUCCGUGUAUAAAAGAGUUUUAUGACUUAAAAGAAGAUUUUGAUCCAACUUGUCUGCUUACCAGAUGUCACUUAGGAAAGAAGAAGAACAUAUACUUGGUCACGCCAACAGUGAAAGAUGUGGUCCAGAGGAAUGACAAAAGUAUUAAAAUCAUCAAUACGGGUGUCAAAACGUUCGUACGUUGUGACAACAAGAACAUGACGUGUCCGUUUAGGUUAUCUCAAGAAGGCCUACAAAGUAUAUCCCACUGCAUAGGCCCUAAGCGGCGCGUGCGCAUACUUAAAGAGGAUCUAAUAUUAGUUCUGCAGAAUGAUGAUCCCAGUAAUCCACCCGAAAUCAAACAAUUCUCGGAUCAUACGAAGGCAUUGGUCAAGGAUUUUGCUACCGGCAGCUGUAUUCUGGAAUACAAAGAUGAUGAGCUGGAUCUAACACUAGUUGGAUGGCGUGGCGUUCAUUCGCUUAGAGCCUACACGGCCACCCCCGAUACGGUGCACUAUUUGAGAUUAUUGGGGGCCGAUUACAGCAAAUAUGAUGUAAACAAAUUCAAGAAAGCAUCCGACGUACCCGAGGCUGUCCCUGAACCACAGGCCAUGGACACAAAUUGUGCGAAAGAGGAAGAUACAGUGUAA